ACACGGGGAAUGGCCUUCGAAUUUACAAAAAAUGCCUUAGCUAUGAUGUAGAAUUUAAACGUAAAAGGUUAUUUUUUAUUGAGAACUAUCAUUGAACAUUGCAUAUACGGACUAUUUCCGGCCGAUUUUUUACAUAAUAUAAAGUUAUUAUUAAGUUAAUAACUAAUAUUUUAAUGUCAAUGUUACUGCAAGAUUACGAAGUUGAGCAAUUUUACAACACGUACUUAUUAGUUAGUAAAGUUUAGUUUAGUUCAAGUUGUGAUUUACUUGUGUUCAGUGUUGUUUUGUUUAAGUUUGUCGGAAUAUAAUUUGAUUCAAAUAACGAAGAAAAGUUUAAGUUAAUGUGAAUGCUGUGAAUGACAAUAACUGCAUAAAGUUUUGUUUGUAGUGUUAUUGCAACAUGACAUAAUUGCGGCAAAUUCAAGUUAUGAAACAGGAUUUAUUUUCUAGUGUGACUCAUAAGCCGGAUAACAAUGGUUUCUGUUGUUUUAUCAUAAACGUGUGUUAAUUUAAACUACAGUUUAUAUUCUUAAAUGUGACUGGAGAUAUUCCGAACUAUAUUUCGACAGAAUGUGGACUUGACGGCAUUAUAAAAUAAAAUACCUAGGUAAAAAUCUUUUCCUCUGUCACGAAGCAGCACCACCACCACCUACAAAAUGGCGGAAAGCAGUAAAAAACGAGGUGGCAGUUUUCGGAAAAUAUUCCCAAAUCUAUUUUUUUCUCACAAAUCAAAAGAGAAAUCAGCAAAAGAGUCCAAGUCAAAUGCAAAAGGUGCCACAGAAUCUUCUAAAGGUAAUCAAUAUCAAAAUCCCCGUUCGAUAAGAUCAGAUAAAAACGGUCAAGGAUUGGAAGAUAAUAAUGAACGUAUAUAUGAAAAUUUAACAACACGUCCUCAGAGUGAUAACGAAACGCAAAGCAACGAUAUAUCAAGUCACCAUUCAUCAAGUAGCACACUUGUAUCCGAAAGUACGAAAAACAAAUCGAUUGACACGAACGAAAUUUCUGAAGUCGAAAGUUUUGCCUACACCAACUACACUGCACGACCACAGGUACCACCUAAACCGUUCAACGAAAUGGCGCAGGCGCCUCACUCGCCGCACUCGUCGAAUCGAAGUAAUCAAGUGAAUAAUUUCGAUAACACCCAAUAUCCGGACGUUUACUAUCAUUCGCUGGAGAAACUGAACGAUAAAAUAUCGCCGUUUGAUGAAAUUGAAAUUUAUAGAGCGUCUCAAGCACAAACCAACCCAGCUUCGGUCGGAGCAGAAAUAAAACGGGUGAGCACAAAAUUUUUGAUAUCUCCGAAAAAAGAGGCCGAAGUAAGAACAAUACAGCCAACAAGAGCCCGUAGUUUAUCGUUUGAUAAUAAUAAAGAAAAUGAACAAGCUCCUAAGGAACCCACUCCUUAUAAAAGACAGGAAAGCAAUGCAAAACCAUAUAAUUAUUCAGCGCCAACUUCACCAAUGCCAAUUAGUCAUAAAAUACCGAAUAUGCCAAAAACUGUUUCUCCGUAUGAACACGUAAGAAAAACCAUGCUUGAGACUGAAGAAAAAAGGAAUUCUUUGAGCAGAACGAGUCUUCGUAAUAAAGCUACAUCAUCGCCUAGAUCAGAGUACAGUCAAAGAAUGACUCCAACAUUACCAGAAAACCCUAGGCAAGAUUCGGGGGAUAAAGAAAAAACUAGGCAAAAAGUUGAAGCUUUUUAUUGGCAAAAGUUGAAGGAACUGAAACAGAAGGAAGACGAGUACUUAAUUAGACAGUCUCUUAACACUUCUUUAAAAAGUCCAAUGCGGUUUAAAACCUCUGCUAAUUCUAAUUGCAGCACUCCAAACUCUUUUUCAUAUACAGUGGAGCCCAGAAGUUGCAGUUUACCGCGCGGACAUGACCUACAAAGUUACUCUAUGAAUCAACCAAUUUAUGCCUCAACUCCAUUCGCUAGAGGUGCUCCUGAAAGAAGAACUGAUACUUUCAUUCAACUUCGAACUACUGUUGACGAACCUGAAAUUAUUUAUCGUCAUCCGGAAAAAAUUAUGGCAAGAACAGCAUCCCCGGCAUUUCAAGAACAAAAAAUGCCGAUUUAUUAUCGGAGUAUGCCACAAGAUAGUCGAAGUGUAGGUUCAUCGAAACGUGUUAGUUUUGAAGACCGAUAUGGUAAAACUGGAAGUGUUGGUAAAAGUGAUAAUGAACUGAAAGUUAAUGAUUAUAAAGUGCAAAGCCUUCAGCCACGAAAUGUCCAAAAAGUUAGUGAGAUAUCGUCGCGUGUGCCUCCACGGCCUCCUGUGCGAACCACUAGUGUCGGGGGUAAAAAAGUUGUGACUAACAAGAAAAUUGUGCAGUUGACUAGUGCUGGACAAUCGCUGUGUUCCGAAUCUGAAAGUGGAUCCGAAGCUGGUGAAAUACAAAGGAUAAUGCAGGGCAACGUGCAAAAAGAAGAAGACUGGCACGGCGAUGGCCGAAUGGAUGGAGGCCUUUCGGACGGUGAAGCCAGUCGGAUCCCGUCUCGUGGACGAAGUUCGCGACGGGACGACCCUCGGCGUCACACCCUCGCUGGCAACCAGCUGCUCUUGUAUCCACACAACCCACAAGACCAUGUCACCAUCGAAAUGCAGCCCACCCAGUCACCACGUCUGCCGAUGAAUCCACCAGAAUAUGCUACGAUCAACAAGCUUCGUGAUCACACAGGCAGAAUCGUAGACCUCAGAAUGAAUAAGAAGCCACCGAUUGCUCGGUACCCGCCGCCCACCAACAACCUGCUCUUCGACGAUGACCCCGGCAUCAUGUCCGAAGUUGAAACAGCUUCGACUGGGUUCCGUAGGGGUGGUAAGCAGAGGUCUUCCCUCCCCGUUGUUCGCACACCGAGCAAAACCCUGGAGAGACCGUUGGGCCUAGUAUUUUUACAAUACCGAAACGAGACGAAACGAGCGCUACUGCCAAACGAGAUAACUUCUAUAGAUACUGUGAAAGCACUAUUUGUAAGAAGUUUCCCCAAGCAGUUGACGAUGCAGUACAUGGACAGCCCGCUGGUGAAGAUCUACAUCCACGACUCUUCCAAGGACAUGUUCUAUGAACUGGAAGAUGACAGGGCCCAUCUACGGGACAUACGAGACCGCUCUGUCCUGCGUCUCUUCGAGGCGACGGACAUUGGCGGUGGAGCCUUCCCUGGUGCAGUCGGCGUAGGCUCGCUGACCAUGCCUCCGAAUGCCGCCCCACCCUGUUCCGGCCCUUCCAGCUGGGAUCAAGACCAGAGUUACUUCAGCGAGCCUGAGAUUGACUCGGAGUACCACCACCAGCACGUGCACAAAACGAAGGUAAAGGCCCCGGCGUACUACAUGGGCGGGCAGCAGCCGAGCACGCUGCCGCGCGGGGGGUCCAUGCUGCGCGCCUACUCGCCCGCCGCCCCGCCCGUGCCCGCUGACCGUGUCAAAACCCAUUCCGCCUCAGGUCCUACUGCGCCGGCCAAGCCGUUGCGCACGUACAUCCCAGGGAGUGGGUCAGAACGCUGUUUCCCCUUCGCUGCGACCGAUUGCACUCGGGGCCCAGAACAACUGUACAUGAUCCCUGGCCAUGCUGACGGCUACAUGUCAUCCCCCGAGCGCGGGGCGGCCAGGACCCCGUACGAGGACCCCUACUACUCGCAGUACCUCGGCACCGCCGCCGGGAGACCCACCAUCGCCCCCAUCAUCGACGAGGAGACGGGAGACGCCGUCAUCAUAGAUGAAGCUUACCAAAUGUAUGGCAAUCCAAUAGCCGGCGCUCCGCGGCCAAUGCCGCGCCCCUUGUACGACGUCAGGCCACAGUUGGAUGACAUGCAACGCCUGCGCGUUGAGAAGAUGGAGAGGCAACUGGCAAAUUUGACAGGGCUCGUGCAGAAAGCCUUGCAGGUCCCGAACCAGCCGCCGGCGCCGGCCGCGGCCGCCGCCCCGCGCGCCGAGUACCAGCCGUACGUGCGCCCGCCAGCGCAAGAUGCGGCAAGAUUUUCCGGCAACGAGAGACCCCCUAAAUUAGGCAGGGACAAAUUUCAGAAGUCAGUCUCUUUUGAGAAGUCGGUUUCAUUUAGCGAUGAUCCACCUGACAUGAGCUCACCAAAGCAGCACUCCCCGCAGCACGCAGCUGAUUCCAAACCUACCAAACCGGCUAUCAAAUCGUCCACCCUGCCGCGGACGUCAUCACAAGAGCGCGAUCGGCUGAAGCCAGCUCCUCCGCCGAAGCCAGCGGGUCUUGCUAGCCAGCAGCUGGCCCUGAUACCCCAGAAGACCUGUACCAUCAAUGUAUCUUCGGACUUCCCAGGGCAACUGCGUCUGUUGCAGAAGCAAAGUCGUGAUUUGCGCAUUGAGACUCGCAAUAUGCGCCGUUCUACUCUGAGUCACGCCAUGCAAAUGAGACAACUCAUGGGCGACGCAAUAGUGAAGAUUGGAGCAAUCGCCGAAAGCUUUUCAGAGCUUGAUCCAAACUCACAACUGUGCCGCGAGGAGGAGAUCUACCGCCAGGACAUGCUGCUGCUGGAGAAUGACCUGUAUGAGCUGGAGGCUACCGUCGAGCGUCUCCGUGGCCAAGCCGCUAACAGGGAGACUCGCGUAAACAUGGCGGAUAUAGAGAGGAUCGCCAUGGUGCUCUCCAAGAGCAGCAAGACGGUCGCAGAUUGGAAACUCAAAUUCCCAAUCCUGCAGGACACGAUGAAGACUAAACUCGCUUCUGAGAUGGAGAAGGUGGUCCGCAAGGAAAAAAUGCUAGAAGAAGAGCCAGAGCGCCUGGAGCUGGCUCUUCGUCGCUGCAAGAAGCUCACAGGCACUCUGGUAACGCUGAAGCGCCUCGCUUGCGUCCAAGAGCAGCGCCUGCCACUGACUGACGGCCGCGUCUCCCCGGUGUCCUCCCAGAGCUCUUCAUUCACCGCCGGCCCCUCUUCCGAAGAAUGCGCAUCAGAUAGCUCCUGCCCCAACGCUGUCUCUCACUCUAACAAGUUCGAACAGUUUUGAAAAGAUCGGUACGCAUGCUUACAAUAUUAAUAAAAGUAAAUGGAACUGUAACUCUGGAUGAUAACGAAUUUAAAGUUUAACGAUAUCUUUGGAGCGGAUUUGUACGAUCGUAUGACAACAAGGCAUGGUUUAUAGUUUACCAACAGUUCCGCUUUAAUAGAUAUUAGUUGAAUUUUAACAUGAACUAAAGUAACUCGGGCCAAUGAUGAACAACUUUCAACUGAAUUUGCCAUUGUGAUAGUUGUGUGAGUACAUGUCUCAUAGAAGAUGUAAUUCGGUUCAAAGUUGAUUGUUUACUAUUUUCAACUCCAUUUCAAUUUCCACGUCUUUUUCUAAAAUUUAAUAUUGGUUUUAAUAAUAACUGAAUUUAAAUUGGGCCUACUUUAAUGGCAUGCAGAAAGGUAUUUGGAAUGUGAAUGUCGAUACACUGGAUCAUUUUAACUUAAACAUUGUAUAAUUUUAUAAUACAGUGAUAAUAUACCGAUAUCGAGCAGUAUAAUAAUUCCUAAAUAAUGAAGUAGUAAGUUCACAUUCCAGGUUUCUUCUAUAAAAGAUCUAAUUGGACUUAACGUUGUCGCACGUCGCAUGCCAUUAGAUUGUGCAGCCACCAACAAUGAAAUGUAUACUUUGAUAAGUUUUCAAAUACUUCCCCUCACAUUCAAUACUUAUAGAAAAAGAAUAUUGUGUUGUCUGAAACAAUAAAAGUACCUAUUUCAUUGCUAGUGGUUGUUCCUCAAUAGUUACUACAUCUAAUUAAAAUUGAAAUAAUUGGUUAAAAGCUUAUGUUGGCAGAACCUUAGUAAAUGUGGUAACAGAAUUAAUUAUUAAGUCAAAAUAUUACUUAAAUCGGCUAGUGGUGAAAACUGAAGUCCUAGAUUAUGGUGGUCUGGCCACUGUUCCCAUUUUCAAGUGAGAUGGUACAGGCCCUAACUACAAGAACCAAUGGAACCCUUCUCAAGUUGUAUAAUGUUUUAUUUAGACAUCUAUUUUACUGUAAAGGAAACCUAAUUUGGUUAUUUAGUAGUGUAGGGAGGUUGUUAUGCUUACGUAUAGGUUUUGUGCAACUAUGUAAUGUGUUACGGGGAGCGGGCAGUCGUUCGCAAACCGCCUUGUAGUAAAGACAAUAAAUCAACAGUGAAUGUGUUAAUGUAUUUCAUUUACCGAUACAAAUACCUAAAGUAGCUUUAAACUACAUAGCAACCCACGACUUUACCAAAAUAAAGGCCCAUAUCACUCUCCAGUCAUUACAAUAGCUCCAUAGCUGAUUUCGUCUCAGUGGGUUUUCACUUUUGCUCAGCUGUUGAACAAGUGCAAGCUGGUCCAUAGUCCUUGUUAGCACUACUGAUGUAAAAAACCAAUACUUAGCCGUUUUAAGUAUCCGAUGGUCGCAAGUUCUAUAUUUCCUGGACCAAGGUUUCUGUCAACAUUCAAGUUAAACUGACAAAGUUAAGUAAUGACUCUCACUUUGUUUGAAAGUUCACAAAAUUGAAGUGUUACACGAAGCACAUAAUCCGGACGUGUGUUCAUAUUUCUCUCAUGUUCUUGAUUAUUUCUUUACAUAUAUAUUUUAUUUUAAUGAUUUCAUUUAGUUCUUUUUUGAUUCGUAGGCUCUCAUUAUAUCUGUGUGUCCGUGAAAUAUGAACACGCUGUCGGUCGUUGUCGAUAGAUAGUGUAACAAGCAUGUUGUAAUUUACUGUAGUUGCUUUGAAACAAUAGUUUGUGCAUCUUGCUGUUUUCUAUUUUGUUGCAGCGCAUUGUCGAUAUCAGGAGCAGCUCACAGCCAGAUUCUUCCGGACAUGAAUGAAUUCCCUUAAACGACUCGCCAUCUCCCCUUCCUUCUACUAACCCUCGACGUGACUUCCACUUUCAAUUUUUCUCUCUGGCACAUUCCAAUAUCUAUUUUGAUUUCUUAAACAUUUCUAAUUAUUGAAGAUACAUUGUGCUCCUCCCAAACCCUUUGGAAAUCUAUCCCCUAUAGAUAAUUAGUUAAAUAAUAAUAUUGCUAAACACACCUCGAUGGAGCACAGGUAAUUAUACUUUGGAAAAAUUGUAUUCGCUUCGAUAUAGGUACAGUCGUUACGUAAAACUAAUAAUGAGUAUAAUUUGCACAUGAUGGCAAUGUUUGAUCAUAGUAGCGGUUGCAAUUAUUCCACUUUGGGCUUUUCUUAGAUUAGUUUUUGAUUAAAAAUGUCACUUUGACAUAGCUUCCUUUAGUAGGUAGUAUAUACUGUUACGGCUAAAUAAGUAAUAUAUCCGAUAUAUAAUUAUAUAUUUACCAGUAAUGUGUAUAAUGCCGGCAUUCUGUACAAUUCCUUGGCAAUUAAUAUAAUACCGGGGCAAUGUAUGAAAUAUUAUAUAUUUUAUUUUAGUCUUUUAUCGCUCUGAAAAUAAAGAAGAUUUGCUUAUUUGAUUAUGCAACUCGAAUUGUUUGUAUAGGCACAUUAGUGCUAAUACAAAUUGUAGGUAUCGGUCAUAUAAAAUUAAAUACGUGUGAUAAAAUCCAUUGGCAAUAAAAAAUUAUUCAUUUUGACCAUUCAUCGUGUUUUAUUUCGUGAAGUUAUUUACUUAAAAGGCGAGUAAAUGGUAACUAUUUUCAUAUAGUACUUUAGUAUGUUUGUGCUUAUGAACCAAAGGAAAAUAGUACAUACUGGGAACAUUCAAAGGGCCAGUUUAGUUUGGCUCCUUUAAACUCUGCAGAAUGCGGGCCAUAAUGAACAAACAUAUUAAUCAGUUACAUCUUCUGCAGAAUUCUGAAAAUCAAUAAAGGUUGUAUUAUUUUUUAGAAGUUGAAGUUAAAUUAGAGGUAAAUUAUCUAUCAGAUGCAGUACAUACAUAGUUGGAAAAUAUUUACAACGUUUUCAAAAAUUCGUAUUAUAAUGAAAACUGCAGCAAAAUCCGAGGUGUUAUUGAAAAGAUAAAAAGUGUAGAAACAGAAAAAUCUAAACAUAUUGAGAGUCGACAGCAAAUAAUGAUAACUAACAAUAAGCUACCUACGUAGACCGUCGCAACCAUAUUCUCGUCUUUUAAACAUAUUAGCUAUUGUAUGCAAUGCCUACUGCUUGGGCAAACUUUGCAAUGAAAAUAUUUCAUACGGGCACACGCGCGUUGUGUAGAAUACAUUGUACAGAUUAUACAGAUUGCCGGCAACAUGUUAUACACUUCAUAAUUUUUUUUACUAAUGGCAAAAUCAUCACAAUUGUUAAGAGUAAAUACGUCUCUAAUAUAUUAAAGUUCUCUUUUGAUAUAGAGUCACGAAAUGAACUCGUUGCGAUAUAUGUCACAAGGAACCAAUGUACCUAACUGUUAUAUGUAUCUCUAAUAAUUACCAAAUCUUACUUCCUCACCUGUAACUCUGUACGUUCCAACGAUACUCCACCACGUUUCGGUUUUACUUCCCACUAGAUAUAGGCAGCUCGUCUAUACUUCCCUUUCUUUUCUGUCGUCAAAUAGAACAUUGUAAGUAAUGACUUAUCAAUUUAUUUCUACCUGUCUAUUGUCUAUUUGCUAUAAAUUCAAAUGAAAUUUGCCAACAAUACCAAUAGUAGUAUUUAAUGAAAUUGACGUACAUGUUACGUAUUCGACGACAAAGAAGAAAGGCGUCGCCUUUUUCGUUACUAUUUUAUUCUUUUUGAAUGAUUGUGGUCGCAUUCAGACAUAGUAUUGUCUUAUUCUAAGUGUCUUCAAUGGACUGAAUGCGGUGUUAAAUGUUUUGAAUCAGUGUCUUUAUGUCUUAAUAAAAGUGCGGUUGCAAUGUGCUUUCAAGUGUUAGAUGUUAGCUGAAUGUUAUGUUUACCUAAUCGAGCCUCGAGUUUACGGCAUACGUGCAACCGCUCUUUUAUAAUGUCUGUUGGAGAUCGGCGAGCACAGCUAGAAGUUCGUGGAAUGGUGCGCAGGGCAGCGGCGGCGUGUGCGUCGGGAGAGGAGGAGGAA